AUGUUACAUCUAUUAAGCUAUAUAUCACUACAUUAUUUCAUCUUAAUUACGUCGAUCCUGGUUCAAAGUAAUGACAGUUUAUCUGAUAAUAGAGCCUACGGCUAUCAACCUGGUGAUAUUAUUAUUGGUGGAUUAUUUCCAAUCCAUCAAUUUAGCAGUUCAAAUCAAAGUUGUGGCCAAAUACGAGAGACUGAGAUAUCAUUACAGUUAAUGCAUGCCAUGAUCUACGCUAUUCAACGCAUAAACAACAGAGAAGAUUUAUUACCUGGUAUUAAGUUAGGCUUCCAUAUACAUGACACCUGCUCAAGGGAUACCAUCGCAUUAAGGGAAUCGAUCUUAAUGUUAACUCCUAAUGGACGUGACUCGGUGGGUAAUUUUUUAGAUCAGUAUCGUAAUCUGCCAAGAUGUGCUAAUGACUCACAACCUGAAAUUGAUGAACGUUUUCAACGCCAACAAAUUAUUGGAUUAAUUGGACCUGGUAGUAGUCGUGAAUCAGUUCUUGUUUCUGAUUUAUUGAAUAUCUUUCGUAUACCACAAAUCAGCUAUAGUUCGACUAGUGAUGACUUGAGUGAGAAAGAGAGAUAUAAAUAUUUCCUUCGUACUGUUCCUCGUGAUUAUCUACAAGUCCGUGCAAUGAUUGAUCUAUGCUUACACUAUAAUUGGUCUUAUGUUCAAUUCGUCUAUUCUGAAGGCAGUUAUGGUGAAAAUGGAUUUAAAAAUUUUCGUUCACAAAUUACUACUCUCAAUCUAUGUAUCGCUGCUGAAUAUGAACUAGCUCAAUCGGCGCCUACACAUCGCUACGAUACAGUAAUGAGUAGUAUACUUAGCAAAAGUAAUAAGGCUAAAGUUGUAAUUUUAUUCUGUAAUUGGGGCGAAAUGGCAAAAUUAUUUGAAGCUGCCGAUCGUGCUAAUGCUGCUGGUAGGAUAAUAUUUAUAGGUAGUGACGAUUGGACUACUAAUACUUAUUAUAUGAAUAGUAGUAAUUAUGUCGCAGAAGGAUCUCUUUAUUUUCAACUUCAUGGCGAGUAUGUUAGAGAUUUCGAUCGUUAUUUUACUCAAUUAACGCCGUAUAAUGUGGAUCGAAUACAAGAUCCAUGGUUUAACGAAUCUUGGCAAGCUAAUUUCAAUUGCAAUCUUCCACCAGCGACAGAAAAUAUAUGUGACAAAAGUUUACGAUGGACUAAUGUAACGGGUGGAUUUACUCAAGGUCGUAAAAUAAUUUAUGUUAUUAAUGGUGUGUAUGCAUAUGCACAUGCUCUUCAUAAUAUGCAUAAAGAAUUAUGUAAAGGAAAAUCAGGUUUAUGUUCAGCAAUGCAAUCGAUUGAUGGUCAUUUAUUAUUCAAGUAUUUGUUGAGAGUAAGUUUCAUGGAUAUUGCUAACAGCAGUCAUGUAGAAUUCGAUAAUCAAGGGGAUAUCAGGGAGGGAGGUUACGAUAUUGAUAACUUGCAAAGGAAAAGUGAUAAUUAUCGAUCUCAAAAAGUUGGUGUGUGGAUGUUAGAAGAUUUAUUAUUAAGCGAAGACGAUAUUUAUUGGCCGAUUGGUAAUUCGAGUCAUAUUUUAGAAUCGGAAUGUAGUCAGCCAUGUCAGGAAGGACUAUUUAAAAUUACUAAAGAAGAAAUUUGUUGUUGGGUAUGUGCUGAAUGUAUUAGCAAACAGUAUUUCAAUUAUACUCUGAGCCAGUGUAUUGACUGUCCAGCGGGUUAUUGGCCGCAACAAAAUAGAACAGCAUGUAAUAGAGUCAAUAUAACCCAUAUGGAAGCCGAAGAGGCAAUUGCAAUUACCGUAAUUAUCUUCGCUGGAAUGGGUGGAGCAUUUUUAAUCUCGUUGGUAAUUAUCUACGUUAAAUUUAAUCUUCAUCCUAUAAUUAAAGCUUCAGGACGUGAGCUCUGCUAUUGCAUUAUGUUUAGCUUUGGUAUCAUUUGUACUAACUGCGUAGUACCACUAUGGAGACCGAAUAUGCCAAUAUGCAUAUGGUUUCGAAUCUCAAUAGGGUUUAGCUUUUCUUUAUGCUAUGGUGCUAUAUUUGUUAAAACGACACGAAUUUAUCGAAUCUUUAAUCAUAAUAAUGCAACAUUAAAACGUCCAUCCCUUAUUAGCCCUAGAUCACAACUAUUUAUGGUAGCUACCAUUGUGGCUUUACGAUUGUUAAUUGUACUUGUUUGGAUUAUUAUAGAGCCACCUGGAGUGCGUCGCGUAGAAUAUAAGCAUGGCGAAGAAAUAAGAUUAAUAUGUAAUGAAUCUGUCGUUGGAAUGGUGAUUACAUUAGGUGCUGACAGUUGUUUAAUCAUUGUUUGCACUGUAUUUGCAUUUUUAACUCGUCAUUUGCCGGAAAAUUUUAAUGAAGCAAAAUUUAUUAAUUUCUCCAUGUUUGCAGUCAUGAUUGUAUGGCUAGCUUUUAUUCCAGCCUACUUUACAAGUGAUCCCAGAUUGCGACCUUUGAUUAUCCCUAUUGCUGAUUAUAUUUCUGUAACGGUAACCAUAUUAUUUUUAUUUGUGCCCAAGUUAUUACGUAUAUUUGGUUUCAGCAAUGGAAACGUUCAUGGGAUGUCAAAUAAUCUUGCAAUUAAACCAGCACCAACGGCUACAUUAUCUAGCGGAAAUUUAUUUCUAGGGGGCCAUUAA